AUGCGAAUUCACUGUUUGGAGAACGUUGAGAAGUCACUCGCGUUUUUGGAUAGGCUAAACGUUCAUCUCGAAAAUAUCGGGGCGCAUGACAUUGUUGACGGCAACAAUCGAAUCAUACUUGGAUUAAUAUGGACAAUAAUUCUGCGAUUUCAAGUUCAGAAUAUUUCUGUCAUUGAGAGGGUCAGGCACGUUGGCCAUGAGGAUGCGAUUGGUCUCCGUCGAAAUUCCACUGAAGCCCUUCUGCUUUGGUGUAAAGCUAAGACUCAGGCUUAUCCUAAUGUUUCAGUGACCAAUUUCACAACGAGUUGGCGUGACGGACUUGCUUUUAAUGCACUCAUACAUAAGCAUCGACCUGAUUUAAUUGACUUCGCUUCUCUUUCACCGGACGAACCGUUGCGCAAUUUGCAUAUUGCUUUUACAACAGCUGAACGGUGCCUCGGUAUCGCCAAACUACUAGAUCCUGAAGAUAUUGUGGUUGGAGAACCGGAGGAAAAAUCUAUAAUAACAUACUUAGUUUCAUACUACCACUACUUUGCUCGGGAAAAGGCGAACACAGUGCAUGCACGUCGCAUUGAGCGAAUUGUCAACCUUUUGAAACGUUUUAUAAAUGAUGUCAAGGAGUACGAAGUUUCCGCUGAUGAACUGAUGAGGUGGAUUCGCGAAAGCAACUCGCGCAUGAACGAUACAAGUCUUCAGGGUAAUCUUGAAGGUCUUCAGCUCCAACUCAGUGAAUUAAACCAAUUCCGUAACCAAGAGAAGCCACCACGUUUUAUCGAAAAGGGUGAAUUGGAAGUGGCUUUUUUUGUAAUUAGAAAUAAAAUGCUUGCAACCGGUAUGCGCGCCUAUCUUCCCCCAAAGCAUCUACGAGUCUCUGAAGUGAACAGAGCAUGGGAAAUAUUAGAGCAUUCCGAAUAUAAUCGGUGGGCGACUUUGAAUGAUGAGCUGAGGCGGCAAGAAAUGCUUGAUCAACUGUUCCUUAAGUUUGAGACAAAGUGCACAAUGCGAGAGUCUUGGUUAUUAGAAAACCAGCAAAUUGUGGAGCAGGAGUUAGUCGGGUCAACGCGGCAUGCUCUUCAAAGUGCCCAGAAAAAGCAUGAAGCUUUUGAGGCUGAUGUGUUUGCUUAUGAAGAUCGAAUUAAAAUGCUCGUUGAAAUAGCAAAUGAGCUGACACGAUGUCGAUAUUACCAAGACGAUAGAGUGCAGUCCCGCUGCCAACAAGUAACGAACCAGUGGAAGAUUCUGCUAAAAACAAUAGAAAGUCGCCGUUUACUGAUUCGAGAAAGAAUCGUUUGCAGGGAGCGCGACACGGAAUUCGAUGAUUUGAUGAAGGCUGCUGCAGAAUUGAAGAAUAAAAUGGGAGGACUCAAUCCCGGCACCAAUUUUGAGCAAUCCCAGCAUGCGCUUAUGCAAAUGGAGGCCAUUGACAAUGAAAUUAAAACAUUGUGCAUUCAAGUGGAUAAUCUUUUGACAAAGCAUCAGGGUGAUUGCAGCGAAGAGCUGGAGAAGGAGUGGUUUGAUGUAGCAGAGCAAAUCAUGCUAUCAGCAGAGCAUAAAAGACGUGAAAUUGAACUUGUGAAUCAGCGAUGGCACCUACUCCCUGAGAUUUCUCGCUACAACGACUAUGUGAAAAUGAUUAUGCAUUUGCUUGAAGCAAUGGAGUUUCAGCUUUCUUAUAAAGCGGCUAAUCGAAUUCAUCGACAAGUCAGGUACGUUGAAGAAGAUAUUGCCAAGGAAAAAAACAGUUUAAAUGCAAUUGAGGAGCUUUGCAGGGGCUUGAAGUGUGACCACCGGAUCCAUGAACUCGUAGCAUUGUGGCGAUCACUCAGCCAACUUCUUACUUCCCUUAAAAGCAAAGCAGUAUUUGUUGGCGACAUUCUCUUCCUAAAUGGAGAAUUCGAUGAUACUGAAAAUUGGAUUGCUGAAAAGACAAGGCUAAUGGAGUUAGAAUGCGGUUCAGUAGAGUCUUCAGUGCAGUUGAAUCAAAAGUUGUUAGAAGAGGUAGAGACCUACCUCCACGUAAUCGAGCAUAUCAAUGAGAAAGCAAUGACACUGAAGGAGAGUUGCAAGGAAUUUGAUUAUCUACCAAAAGAUUUUACUGAACUCUUUAAUGCGGAGACUCUUAUGCAAAGCCUCCUCAAAGUCAGGAAGGAAAUUGAGAACGCACUGGUAGAGAGACCCAAAAGUUUACUUCAAUCGUAUUUAACUCUUCUGGACAAAGUCAAAAGGAAACAAGCUUUCUUAAUAGACGCGCUCUCGGUUCAGCUAUUCACCCAUAAUUCAAAUCAAGCUCGGGCUUGGAUAACUGACAAAUUAUCACUUCUUUCCCGACUAAAACAACCCGAUCUUAAUGGUGUUUAUGAAAAAGGUGUGUCUUCUGACCUGUGGGAGGAAUUCAACUUCGUUGAACGCCGAUUUGAAGAAAUCGAAAAUCAAAUGAGUGAUGUAGCCGAGAAGGUGACAAAUUUGAACAAAACUGCCUCCAGCAUCGUUGACGCUGUGGCAAUUGAGAAUCUAAUGGAUGGCAAAGCUGUGUUGUCUCGAGUGACCGAGACAAGAAACCAGUUGAAUGACGCAUGGAAUCAGCUUGCGGAUCAGGUAGAAGACUGGCGUUAUCGGUUGAACUUGGACCAUGCAUUUCUCAAUGUCUGGCAGGAUUGCUUCUAUACUAAUGAGUGGGUAGAAGAGAAGUUGGAGGUCAUCAAUCGGCACAAUUGGACCUACAUUCCUUCCGCGUCACAUUUCUCGCGAUUAAAGAUUGUUUUGAAGGCAUUAAAGGCAGAUGUGAAAGUGAUUAGAGCGAAGGUUAAUGACAUUGGCGAACGGAUAUGCGAUCCCUAUCAGAUCUCUGAAGUUCUCUCAAAAGAGAGAGGCACAUGGUUGUGCAAGGAGCAUGAUGCGCUCUGCAGAAAGUUAGCAGGGCUUAACAGUCGCCUUGAACAGUGUGAAAGCUUGCUGACUUUGCACAGCGGGCACCUACAAUCAACACAAUCACUUGGCGAGUUUCUACAGUGGAUUUCCUACCUAAAAGACAAGAAUUCUUGCCUUUCAAUCCCUUCAGAUCUUGAAGAGGUUAGAGCUUCAGUGUGCUCACAAGAACAGGAUCUACAAGAACUACUCACUGCUGAGGGACAUUUAGAGCAACUUUUGGCAGAAUAUGAAAAAGUUUGCAAUUUGAUGGACAAUGAUGCUUCUGUCAACAGAGAUCCUGUUAAUCCGGAACAGGUUAUUAAGGAAUACGCAGAAGCGUGCGAUCUGGUUCGGAAAAACAUUAAUAACCUUAAUCAAAGCAUUGCGAUUCAGGAUUUACUUGCCGAACUCGGAAGUCUGGAGGCUGCAGUGUGUCAGCAAGACGCCUACUUGAGCCAGGACAUCCAACCGGAAUCGCUUGAGGCAGUGGAAAAUGAAUUGAAGAGGCAUGAUACUUUUGUCGCCUCAAUGCUCACCUGCUGCAGUCGAAUUAGUGCACUUGAACGAAAAUGCAGAGAAACACUCACCGGCGAUCGAGGUGUCGAGGGCCGCUUCUUCUCCAGAACGAACAGUCUGCUCCAAAAACUAGAAGACAAUAAGAAAAGGGCCUAUGAACGUGAACGGUAUUUGAAGGAAGAUUUGCGUUUGCAAGAGUUGCUGAACGACUUUGCCGAUAUGGAGGACUGGAUGUCAGAGAAGUUGGUAGCAUUAAAUCGAGUGGCGCUAACCUCGAAACGCAACGUCUCAAACGCCUACAGUCAAGUGAAGGCGCUACAAGAGGAAAUAGAGGCCAGUCGCGAGCGUGCGGAGGGCAUUAUCGAGGCAGGGAAACAGCUCCUUGAUUCGUGCUCCCGAGUCAGUGGCGUAGUGUCUGCACGCAUCGACAACAUGUACGUGCACUGGGAGGCGCUUUUGAAAGAGCUUCACGAACAAAUGUUGAGUUUGGAAGAAUCACACCGAGAAUACCUGUUAAACAGGACAGUGCAGGACUUGUUGAGAUGGGCUGACAAGUUGAUUUCCAAAGUUGAGACAGACAUGGAUGAUGCCACUUUAACAACUGCAGGUCUAACGGACCUUCAACAGCGCUUGGACUCUCACCGGAGAGACUGCCAAAGCUUUGAGAAUUACUCUGAAAUGGCAGCUGAAAUCAAGGAACAUACUGAGUCAUUAUCGCGGUUACAUUCUGACCGCGCUGCUGAUCUGGCCGCUGUGAACGUGGCAGUGGAGAAGCAGUUGCGUGCAGCAAGAGCGGCUUUGUCUCAGCGUGAGGAUCUCCUGAAUCUGCAUGUUACAGUCGCUGGACACCUGCUUGAUCUGAACUCGGAACUCCUCUGGGUGAGGGACAAGUUAAUGCAAAUCCGUCAGCCCUACGACGAUUGGAUGCCGCAAGACAGGCGGUCUGUUGGUAAACAUCUACUUCGUGUGCAACAGGAGAAUCGACGAUUGAUGAACUACGUUGCCGAAGUAGAAAAUCGUGGACCUAGAGUGAAAGCCCUCUGUCUUAGUACGCAUUUGUUGCAGAGGGUAAAGGAAACAUACCUGGGCAAGAGUGAGGAUGCGGCCAAGAGAGUUGGAAGUUUCCGCGAUGUUUUGGGCGAGUUGGAACAGGCCUGGUAUACGGUCACUCAUCUGCUUGAAGUUCGACGAGAAGAACUACGAAUGGCUGAAUCCAUCCAUAAGUUCUUCUUCGAUAUUGUCAACAUGGACGCGUGGAUAUCUGAACGAGAGCUCUACCUUCAAAGCAUCUGUGAACCCACAGGCAUUGAGGAGGCCAACCGAUCCCUGCGUCGACUGAAGGUGCUACAUGAAACUGUCAAACAGUGGUCAAAUGAAGUGACCAAAACUGACCGCCGAGCUACUGAGUUGUGCGCUCGACUUUCCUCUGGAGUGCAAAUAAAUGGGAGCUAUGUGAGGGCUCCAGCAAGAGCCAAGUCUGCUAUCACCAACACCAUCUCGCGGCUUGAAGAGGACUAUGCGCGUUUGGAAAGCAGCGUUCGGGACCGCCGAACGGACCUCGUUGAGUCCAUCAGCCUGCACGAUCUUAUGCAAGAUGUCAGCGAUCUUGAGUAUUAUUUUUGCUUAAUAUAUCCACAGGACUGGAUAGCUGAGCGGCAAAAGAUCGCCCAAAACUCGGAUGUGGGUGCUGACUUGGAGCACACAUUCACUCUUAAGGAUCAUUUUGAUCAGUUUGCCAAAUGCACCAGGAAGGAAGGCGAACGCCGUGUAAAGGCGAUGCUUUUCCGUAUGGACCAGAUUAUUUCCAAAGGUCACAAAAACCGUUCUGAGAUUGCGCUUGCUAAGGACGGCCUCAACGAGGACUGGGCUGAUCUCCUUGAAAUGAUUACCACCAGAGGCCAGUUGCUUAAAUCCGCCCUCACUCUCUACCGAUUUUUCUCAGAUGCUCAGUACCUCGAAAUGCAGAUCGAGGAGUUCUAUCAAUACCUACCAGAGGAGCCCACAGUGGAGAUGGUGACAGGCGAGGUGGCUUCCGUAGGACGUCGUGGUGGUGGAAUUGCGAGUCUGCUAAGGCGACAGGCUGGAAUACAACAGCAGCUCUCUCACCUGAAUUCGAGCUGCGCUGCCCUUGCCAGCACUGCAGCCGCCCUUUUGCCCUCCUAUUCAGGCGAGCAGGAGGCACGACUGCGCUUGCGCCGUGACUGCGUCCUACGUGCCGCCCAGAGUCUUGCUGCUAGCGCCGAGUUGCGUGCCCGGCAGCUGGAGGAGGCGCAACACUUUCACCACUUCUUUUCCACUGCGCACGGCCUUCUCUCUUGGUUUGCUGAGGCUAAGGACAAGAUGAGUCAACCAAAUGGCCUAAGCCGAACAAUACACGGUGUGGAGCGUCUUAUCGCAGAGCAUCGGGAGUUGUACGCGGAAUUGGGAAUUAAGGUGAAACAGGUGGAAGAGUGCUUGGGUGUGGGGCGUGCAAUUUUGGGUAUAGAUAAUCACCCCAGUGUGGACGAAGCUGGUAGGCCCGCGAUGAGCCGUCUACAUGCGAUAUUGACAGCACCACAAGGUGAAGUGCGGGAGACGUGCGUGGCGCUGGCGACAGAACGCAUCCUCAUAGAGGCUCUGUGGCGCGAGCGGUGGGAACGACUGGCAAUGCUGCUUGAUGUUCGGUACUACUUGCGUGAUGCUGCAGCUGCAGAGUCUUGGCUCGUCAGCCGUGAGGUCUACCUCGUCUCGGUGCGGCGCAAUAUAGGUGAGACGCUGGCGGAGACGCUUGCUCUGCUUGGUGCGCACUACGCCUUUGAGCGGACUUGUGUCUCAGCCGAGGAGAGAUUCGCUGCUCUCAAGCAACUCACCAAGAUGGAAAUUCAUGCUAUGGAGUGGAAACCUGAGGAUGCAAGCCGUUACGAAAAACAAAGACGUGAUAACAUUCGGCGCGCAGUGCACGAGUUUCUCCCACCCUCAGAUAGUUUCACUAGACUGCCUUUGACGGCUCCGCAGCCAAUGUGCAGCAGGAGUCAACUCGUCCAAGACUCAUGUGCACGGAAGGAACGGAGUUUACCUGUGCCAAGCCCAGCAGCAACUCAGAGUGCACACACCUCCUACUCACCACCUGUUCCCUUUGAAAGAGCCACAGGAAUUGCAAGGACAGUACCGAUUCCAAAAAAUCGCCCAUCCAGAAUCUCUCUUUCUGCAGCUUUAGUACCAAAAUCAACGCUUGUACAUCAGGAAGAAUCACCACGACUCCAUUCAUCGUCCAGCACUGGUAAUAUUUUCUUUCCUCGAAGGGUGCGCCUCACUCCAUUAACAAACCCGUCUGAUGAGCCAAUAACAUCCAUAGCACCUCCAGAGGAAGGUGAGGCAGGGAAGACUCCCGAAACUACUUCCAGUACCAGGUUUCUGAUUUUAAUUUAUAUGUUGUGCCUCAUGGAUUUUUACAGACCUCAAGGAAGUUUUCCAAGCACUUCAGCAAACACACCACCUGCAGGAGCACAUGUAGGAGCUGCGGAGCCAGAGACCACACUACCGACUUCCACUGAGGAGAUGCCACGCGUUGAGGGUCCUCUAAUUCGCAAAUGGGAGUCAGAGGCCGGAGGAUCACGUCAUAGCCGAGGACGUGGAUGGACAUCAAUCUACGUAACUCUAACAGAUGGAAGGUUGACCUUCUACAGAGACCGGCGCACCCGUCGUGAACAAACGAAAGAAACGUUUCAUGGCGAAGACCCUGUGGAUUUGGGGGGCGCAAUUGCUGUUCCAGCUCUGGACUACACAAAGCGACCCUUUGUAUUCCGUCUUAGGCUCUUUAAUGGUGUUGAGUACCUUUUUCAGGCUGUAAGUGCUGAAGUACUUCAACGCUGGAUUGAUGCCAUCAAUGAAUCAGCUAGCAAGUUGGCUAAACGAGAGUUCAGGAAUCCUCAUGAACGAGCUCAUUCCCUACCACCCUCAUCGCGCCAUUCCAGAGCAUCAUCUGUUGCAUCUUAUCAGGCAGAAGGAUCUCAUAAACGCCGUCACAACUCCCUCCGACGCAUCCUCAAGAAAGCAUGA